AUGUCUCUAGCUCAACUCAAAGGUGUCACUGCUUAUCUCAUUGACUCCCAAGGGAUUAGUGUCGAAGCUGCAGCUGAAGACCAAGAUGAGGAGGUAGAAUCCCUCCUCAAUAGCUUCGAUGUUGACAAUAAGGCUGCCUGUGGCACACUGCACAUCAGCACAAAUGAAACUGACACCCUGCCAUCAAAAUAUAAGAGGACACCUACUGCCAUCCCAGUGUACCAUGACCAACUAUCAGCGAGCCUUGAAACGGCCUCAGCAGGUGUCAUUGACUUUUGUGUCACUAUAAACAAGGUUGUGUUGCCUGACGAUGUUGAUGGCCUCUAUCCUAAUCUUUCUGCCAACUUUCCCAUGUGGAUUGCACUUUGGAUAAUGAAUAAAUGUGAUGAAAAUGAUAUCUGGACUAGCAAAGCAAAGCCUCUGAAUUUCCUGUGUGCAACAUAUGGCACUGCACAGAAGAUGCGAGCUGCUGUGAGCCACAAGUUCGGUCAUGACCACAAGCUUGGCACACAGCCAUGGUCAGAACAUCCAACAAUUGCUGGAAAGAUCUCUGAAUCCGACCUAUGCUUCAUAUCCAAACCCAAACCUUAA